AUGAUGAACAAUCCUGAGCAAACAACUUCACAAGAAGAGGAGUCUGUAGAGAACCAAGAACUCAAGUUUGAGCACUAUGUCUCAAUUGAAAAAGAUAUAAAUAAAGAUAGCAGUCCUCGCUUUUGCUGCAUGGCCCAUGAAGCACUCUAUGCUGAAGAUUUUCAGAGUGAUGAAGAAGAUAUAGGAUUCGUCCUGGAAAAAAGUCCAGUCAACGAUAUCUACUUCUAUGACAGGAUACCUGAAGGCAUCAAGCGGGAAAUGGCUCAAAUGAAAAAUCGAAAUGAAAUUGCAACCCAAUGCGACACUGACACUCCUGUAUCUCUUGCUUAUAUUAGUGCGCUGCCAGCUUAUGGAAAUCCAGAUGAUAAAAUCUUAUCUGCAAGAUAUCAGCCUUGCUCUUUGUCUCAUAUACCAGUUAUGUAUUUGCCAUCAGAAUUGCCGGAUUUGCCAGAUGACGACAUUCAGCAUACGUUUUUGUGUAAAUGCUGCAAGAAAGAGUUUAAAUCAGGGCAAGCAUUAGGCGGUCAUGUUUCAAGAGCUCAUCCUGGGUUUGUUGAAGAGCAAGCUCGAAAAUUGCGAGAGGCAAGUAAUCAGAGAUAA